CAAACCUCCUUUGGUAUUUUUUUUUUGUAAUUGAAAAAAAAAAAAAUCGCUCUCUGUAACCGCAUUCUCGGUCCUAUGGCCGACCCAGAGAAAUUAACAGCGUUGAAGAAGGUUUACGCCGACACGAUUCUGAACACGGCGAAGGAAGCAGCGGCCCGUGUGGUUGUGUCCGAGAGAAAGGCGCGUGGGUAUCAGCAGGAACUGGUUUCCGUGAGGGAUGAGGCUCUGCGUACCUUGCUUAGGCUUAAGCAGAUGUUCGAUUCCAAGGUCAAGGAAUCGGAGAUAAUAUCAGUGAGUAAGCAAAAUAAGAUUGAAGAGCUUGAAGCCCAACUCGGAGAAGCAGAAGAUAUCGUAGGAGAGCUGAGAAUGGAGUUGCGAGAACUUCAGGAUGAGUUGCAGAAAGUAACGAGUGGUCAAACACAUCUUAACAACAAGGAAAGUCUGUGCUGGGAGAACGGUAAAGCAGAUCAAUUUUCACGGGAGGACUAUAGCAGUCAUGAGAGAUCAGAGGCUGAAAAAUCCUAUGACCCAGUCGGGAAAAGUGGAUCGGUUGUGGCUAAGAAUGCAUCUUUGAGUGGCAUGAAGAAUAUUCGUCGGUGUUCUUACACUCUUCCAUCCAUAUUAACAAGGCGCAGGGACAAUGAAGUGUUGAAAGAGGAAUUUGAUCAGAUGAUCCACACAUUGGAACGGAGUAAAGCUCCUCAUGGAGAUAUGAUUGCUUCUGUAAAAUCAGAUGAUGUCAAGAACAAAGGACCCUCUUGUAAGAGCUCUUCAGAUCAGAGUGGUGAGACCUCGCAAACGUCUGUAAGUGAUUCGCCAUCUUCUCUCCACAGUGAUAUUAGGAAUGGAGGAAAAGAGCAAAACGCCGCUUCUCAAAACGGGUCUGACACUUCAACGUCCUUGAAAACAGCGUCGAGUGCUGAGGAAUGCAACAGAAAAACGUUGAUUGGAAAAGCGGGUUCUGGCCAGGAGGAAAAAGUGAAUCAUGGGAACAUCGAGUUCUCAGCAUUGCCUUUCCGUGAAGAUAGUCCUGCUUCACCAUCUGAUAAACGGUUUAUCAAGUACACGUUCAAGAGGAAGCGUAAGAAGGACGCUCUAAGCAGUCCCGACGGGGAUGACGAGAGCGGAAACAUCAAGAGUCAGAAGACGGGGGAGAAAGACAAUAGCUAUUUGGAGUUACUGAAGUCGGGUUUGAUGUCCGAAUCAUCACGGGACAGUCAACGUGUGGCACAAGUGGCUCGGCAGCUUGCGCCGUUGUCGGAGAAGAAAGGGCUGCUGCACAAGUAAUCUUGGAAGCCUUGCUAAAUCAGCUCAAGUUUUAUCAGAUUUUUGCAAAAUUUGCCUGCUCGAAUAAUUUAGUUUAGUAGUAAAGAUUUGAUUGGUAUUUGUAUAUCAUAUAUAUAUAUAUAUAACUCGAUAUUGAUGGCUUAUUAUAGAGUAGGUAAAAAAAUAUCUGAUUUUGAUCCUCUAAUGAAAUCAGUCGAGUUUCGUUCGGAUUUUGAAAUAAUGAAAUUGUA